AUGUUUUCUUUCUUUUAUGGUUUUUGCUUCCUUUUUUCUCUUUUUUUUCUUUCAUUUUUCUUUCUUUUUUCCUUUUUCAUUCCUUUCCGUUUUCUUUCUUUUCUAGUUUUUUCUUCUUUCUUUCUCUCCUUUUUCUCGCUUUUUCUUUCAUUUUUCUUUCUUUUUCAUUUUUCAUUCCUUUUCUUUUCACGUUUUCCUUUCCUUUUUUUUUCUUACCUUUACGUUUUUCUUUCUUUUUUCUUUCCUUUUCCUUUUCUUUCAUCUCCUUUUUCUUUCCUUUCCUUUUUUCUCGUUUUUUCUUUCAUUUUUCUUUCUUUUUCAUUUUUUCAUUCCUUUUCUUUUCACGUUUUUCUUUCCUUUUUCUUUCUUUCAUUUCCUUUUUUCUUUCUUUUCUUUCUUUUACUUUCCUUUUGUCCGUUUUUCUACCCUUUUCUUUUUUCCUUUCUUUCCUUUUUUUUUCUCCUUUUUUACUUCGCUUUCUUUUUCUUUCUUUUCUUUUUCCUUCGCUCUCCUUUUCUUUCUUUUUCCGUUCGUUUUUUUUUUUUCAUUUCUUUACUUUUUUCCCUUUUCUUUUCAUUCCUUUUCUUUCUUUUCUUUCCUUUAUUUCUUUUCAUUUUUUAUCAAUAG